AUGUUUCCGGACCACUCAGCGAAGGAGCGCAUCACACAUGAACGAAUCGAUGAGCUUUGCGCCAGCCCACUGGCUGCUGACUUCGAUGCUCUGUGUGCAAAGCAAUUGUAUCUCAAUCUUGUUGUGAGCUGCACAAACUCUCGACACUCAGACAUCCAAGCAGCAGCCGCCGUGUUCAAAGAGGCUGCAAAAGCCAAUGGAGGUGUCGUUCCAAAGAUCGUGGGUGGUGUUAAAAUGUUCAUCGCGGCAGCAUCGUCACGCGAACAAGAGGCAGCUGAGGACUCUGGUGACUGGCAAGUACUACUUGAUGCCGGUGCUGAGGCGCUUGUGUCAGACUCGGCACUGGGCUCCUUGAACCCGGAGAUAGGUAUCACUGCAUCCAACUGUAACUUCAAGGGCAGAAUGGGAUCGCGCGAGGCGCUCGCCUAUCUUGGAAGCCCGGAGGUUGUGGCAGCUAGCGCACUCAAGGGUAUCAUCUCCGGACCAGGUGCUUAUAAAGGCAGUGGGCAACCUCGUAGCGUUGAGAGUGAUUUUAAUGAUAUGGUUCAGCAGUUAGACUCGUUCAUUGGUAACGUUGAGUCAACGGAGACAUCAUCAAAUGGUCCUGCGGUUGAGAUCCUCCCAGGCUUCCCAGAGUCUGUUCGCGAAGAAAUCGUUUUCAUGGACAUAGACAGUCAGGAUACCGACCAGAUCUAUCCUAGAUCGAUGACCUAUGAGAGCAAUGUGUCCAAGGAAGCUAUGGCAAACGCUUGCAUGAAAGACUACGACCCGGAUUUUCAGAAAGUUAGUCGGCCAAACGACAUUCUCGUUUCUGGAAAUGGCUUUGGCUGCGGUUCUUCUCGUGAGCAGGCUGCCACCGCUAUCCUGGCCAUCUCCAUCCAUUUUGUGGUUGCUGGCCUCCGUGCCGCUUUUCCUAAGGACGCAAAGAGGCCCAUCCCUACGUUCAGAACUGGAUGGACGCUCAAAUGGGAUGUGAAGAAGAGUAUGGUUCAGGUUCAGGAAGGCGAAGGCGGAGAAGAGUCGGCAGAGAAUGUUGGCGACAUUCCGCCCAAUGUGCAAGAAAUCAUAGCUCUUGGAGGUUUGCACGAGCGGUGUAGGCAUGAAUUGAAGAAGGCAAGUUAG